AUUUUUGACGACGUCUACUUGUUACGUCACCGUCGGGUGGCUCGACGCUCGGCCGACCCGUCGCUGCUCCACCACGAGAAGCUCAUCUCGGAGCCUCAUGUGCGGUGGGCCGAGCAGCAGGUGGUGAAGCGGCGAGUGAAGCGGGACUUCAUGCACCAAGAUCGCUCCGCCAAGUACAUCUCCACGUGGAUGGACGAUCCCAAGUGGCCGCAGAUGUGGUAUUUGAACCGCGGCGGCUCCCUGGACAUGAACGUGCAGCCUGCGUGGGCGGAGGGCGUGUCCGGCAAGGGCGUCGUGGUCACCAUCCUGGACGACGGUCUGGAGAAAGACCACCCCGACCUCAUAAAAAACUACGACCCCAAUGCCUCGUACGACGUGAACAGCCACGACCCUGACCCGAUGCCCCGCUAUGACCUGGUGGACUCGAACCGCCACGGGACGCGCUGCGCCGGCGAGGUGGCCGCCGACGCCAACAACUCCAUCUGCGCCGUCGGGGUGGCCUACGAGGCGUCUGUGGGAGGUGUCCGCAUGCUGGACGGCGACGUGACCGACGCGGUGGAGGCGCGCUCCCUGGCCCUCAACCCGCAGCACAUCGACAUCUACUCUGCGUCCUGGGGUCCUGACGACGACGGCAAGACGGUGGACGGGCCGGGACAGCUGGCCACGCGCGCCUUCGUCGAGGGCAUCCGGAACGGGCGAGGGGGUAAGGGUUCCAUCUUCGUGUGGGCUUCAGGAAACGGAGGUCGAGAUCAGGACAACUGCAACUGCGACGGCUACACGAACUCCAUCUGGACUCUGAGCAUUUCGUCGGCUACAGAAAGGGGUCGCGUCCCGUGGUACUCAGAGGCGUGCAGCUCCACCCUGGCAACGACCUACAGCUCUGGCUCGCUCGGGGAGAAGCAGAUCGUGACCACCGACCUGCACCACUCCUGCACGUCGUCACACACGGGCACGUCGGCCUCCGCGCCCCUCGCCGCCGCCAUCUGCGCGCUGGCUCUGCAGGUGAACCGAGACCUGACGUGGCGCGACAUGCAGCACAUCGUGGUCCGAACGGCGCGGCCGGAGAACCUGGAGGCGCCCGACUGGCAGAGCAACGGCGUCGGGCGCCACGUGUCGCACAGGUUUGGGUACGGCCUCAUGGACGCCUACGCCAUGGUCCAGCUGGCCCGCAACUGGACCAGUGUCCCGACGCAGAGGAAGUGCGAGGUGGCCGCGUCGCACAUCGACAAAUUGAUCCCACAGAAGAGCUUCGUCACACUAGAACUCGAUGUCACAGACUGUCCGGGCGUCAACUACCUGGAACACGUGCAGGCCAAGGUAUCGCUGACAGCCGAUCGCCGAGGGGACAUCGAGAUCUACCUGUCGUCGCCCUCAGGGGUCAAGUCCACUCUCCUCGCCCAGCGCCCGCACGACAACUCCCGCACGGGCUUCCACUCGUGGCCUUUCAUGACAGUCCACAUGUGGGGUGAGCGGCCCCUGGGAAAGUGGAAGCUGGAGAUCCACAACAACGGACACUUCUUCACCACAGACAAAGCUGAGGUGAAGGAAUGGAGCCUGAUUCUGUACGGCACGGAGACGGAGCCCGGGCAGCCGGUGUCCCCGCAGCAGGACAUCCAGUCCGCCGACGAGUCCCACGUCAGCGACCCGGCCGUGCACCAGUCCAUCGACACCACCGAAGGCAAGACGGAGACUCGGGACCCUGACAGCAUGGGCGUGGGCCACUCGUCGGCUGCGGCAGCCUCGCCGACUCCAACGCCCCAAGCCCUACAGCUGACGGCUAUCCAGAAGGCGCUGCCACCUGGCUGCAGCCGCGUGGACGCCGCUGGGGCCUGCAUAGAAUGUUCGCAACCUUUUCUAAUUGAUACAGACGUGGGUACUAAGAAGAAGAGGGAGAUUCUCCUCCAAUGCGAGAAGAACCAUCUUCUGCAUGGAGGUGUGUGUGUAGUCUCUUGUCCAGAGAACUACUAUGGCUUUUUCCCUGAAAGGCUUGGAGCCACAGGGCCCCCUACAUGCAGGCCCUGCCACUACUCUUGCCGCAGUUGCUCGGGGCCGCAGGAUUACGAUUGCUCAAGUUGCUGGGGGGAUGCUGUGCUCUACACUGCUUAUGAGGGUCAGAACUACUGUCACCCAAGCACCCUCCAUGAUGCCUAUGAGAGCCUACAGUCCUGGUACAAGUUCCUGCUGGGUAUCCUCCUGUGCCUGCUCAUAUUGGUGCUGAUUCUUGCGGUGCUGGUUCUGCGAGCCAAGAAUGCAUCAAGGAGGUUAUACCCUGUUGUUGGAGUGCCUUCCCUUAGUCCAGGGGUUGGUGCCAAGUCUGCUAGUAAAGGUGGCACUGCAUACACGCCUGUGCCAAAGGGAGAUGCGGACGACCUGCUGACAAAAAUAACUUUCCAUGAUCUUGCGAGUGACGAUGAGAUAUAGUUAUGAUUCUUUUUUGCAAAUUUUAAUUGGAGAGAUGUUUA